AUGGCUGCUUGGGCAUACUUCCAUGAAAUCGGACACAUUACAAGCAAUGUUACUGAAUGCACAGGAGUGUUAUUAUCAAUUGGAGAUCAAGUAAUUCAUGGCAGAAAUAUGGAUUAAUACCCAGGUUAAGCAAGAAAUAUCGUAUUACACUUGACAAUUAAGAAAGAUGGAAAAUAUUUAGGAGAAUCAGUUGAUUGGUAUUGGUUCAAAGUUGGAUUUGUUACUUUGUUGAAAUACAACGUCGCUUCCCUUGAGGAGAAUUGGAGGUUUGGUAAUCCAUUAAGCAAAGAUUAACUCUUGACUUUCAUUAAAUAAGGUGUACCCUCAUUAGCAUGGGCAUAUAGAGAAGUUUUAGUAAAUGAAAAACUGAACACCUUCGAUAAGGUAGUAUCAUAUCUUGAAUAAAACAAUGUGGCAUGUGCACUUUACAAUAUUAUCGGAGGAACAGGAAAGGAUCAAGGAGUGAUCAUUUCAAGAGAUCCAUUUGAGAAAUUUCCAACUAUAUCUUUGAGUAGUUCAAAUCAAGGAUCGAAUGGUUACAAGUAUUUGGUUUAGACAAAUUAUGAUCAUUGGCUACCAGAUCCUGUAGAAGAUCAAAGAAGAACCAUUGGAGAAGACUUGUUAGCUAAAAUGUAAAAUAAUCUGUUAAAUGAAUUUGGCGUGUAUGCUGUUAUGGACACUUAUCCUAUCCAUAACGAAGGGACUUUCUAUACAGUCAUCAUGAAUGCUAAAUACAACAGAUUAAUAGCUUUUGGAUAACCAAGUAUCACAUUAUUUGAUGAUGAAUGAUAUAAUAAUAUAAAAAUGAUGAAGUCAUCAUAGACAA